AUGACGAUCUCUCGAUGGGAGGAGCUUAACAAUCUUUGUAAGGAAUACUGGACGCCAGCUGAGCUGGAAAUGGCACCAAUGUGGGAUCAGAUGGCAGAAUAUGUUUCUCGGCUUGAUAUAGUAAUGAAACCAAACUCCGAGUCUUGGGAAAUACUGCUUCUAGCAGUGAUUGAAUACGACGAAGCAUGUGAAUAUUUCGAAAGAGCAAGGAAAUGUUUGGCAACCGAGCUUGCUGCACUGGUUCUUGAGAGCUAUGAACGUGCUUACAACAACACGGUUCGCGUUCAACAACUUUCUGAAUUAGAAGGGGUCAUUGAGUACUGUACUCUUCCUCCUAUGGGAAACCCUAUUGUUGAAGGAAGAAGAGCCUUUUUUCCCAAUAUGUGGAAUGAACGCAUAAAAGGUGCAAAAAGAAAUGACGAGGUUUUGCCUGAUCUCUUUCACAUUGUACGCAUAUCUGAGGAUGGUCUAAAGGAAUUUAUAACUUGGAAACUUGAAACCUUGGUCUGUUGA